CAUUCGUUCUAGUCUGACGAAGAAAUUUUACCAGUUUUGACUCAGCCUGCUGUGGUGUUUGUCUGUUUGUAACAUUUGUCCAUUUCAUUUGUGUCGUUUACCAUUUGUUGGUAUAGUUUUUGGAUCCAUUAUUCAGACGCAACGUUUACAGCAUGUUUUCGAUAGCGAGUGAAAAGUUGGGUUCCAAUGGAAAGAAGCCGUUCACGGUGUUCGUGGAGGGUAACAUUGGAAGCGGCAAGACGACGUUCCUGAACCACUUCCAGAAGUUUGACGAUAUUUGCUUGCUGACGGAACCGGUGGAGAAGUGGCGCAACUGUGGUGGCGUCAAUCUGCUGGAUCUUAUGUACAAGGAGCCCCACCGUUGGGCGAUGCCAUUCCAGACGUAUGUGACACUGACGAUGCUCGGCAUGCAUACUUGCCAGACGGACAAAUCGGUCAAACUAAUGGAGCGGUCAUUGUUCAGCGCGCGAAAUUGCUUCGUGGAGAGUAUGCUGGCCUCAGGUUCGUUGCAUCGCGGCAUGUACAAUGUGCUCCAAGAAUGGUAUGACUUUAUCUGCUGCAAUAUCCACAUACAGGCGGACCUUAUUGUGUAUCUUCAAACGAGCCCCGAAGUGGUGUACGGACGGAUGAAGGAACGUGCCCGUUCGGAAGAAAGCUGCGUUCCGCUCGAGUACCUUAAGGAGUUGCACGAACUGCACGAAAACUGGCUCAUUCAUGGCGCGUCACCACGUCCCGCUCCGGUGUUGGUGUUGAACGCAGACCUCGAUUUGAACACCAUCGCGACGGAGUACAAACGGUCAGAAACGAGUAUAUUGAAGCCGAUCCUAAUAGAAAAUACCAAUCAGCACUCUAUUCUCACCUCGCCAGCAAAGCGCGCCAAGACGGAGUUUUAAACAUUUCCGAUAACCGAUACCGGCUUUAGUUUGUAACUUUGUGCAAGCAUCUUUCCUUUAUUACUUAUUUUAUUCGGACGACCAGUCCACUCCCAGUGAUGGUGAACACUUGAUCGAUCUAGGCGUAACUUGCCGAUGGUGGCAAAGUUGAACAAAACGCAUGCAAACGUAUGAUUCAAAAUUAGUGUUUACCAGCUAUUGUCCUUGGUAGUAUAAAUGGUGUAGUAGUGUAGAAACAAUACGAUGUUUGUGUUUUUACAACAUUAUGUAUAAUUUACGAUAAUACAAUUAUAUAUUCGAAUAAAACUUGUGCCAGAAAAUUGUAAUCUUGACAAGCUGG